AGGCUGCCUUGCGUUCUGUCCGAGCUGGUGGUGGUGGUGACAGGCCUGGGCCAUGGCGGAGGCGAUGGAUUUGGGCAAAGACCCCAACGGGCCCACCCAUUCCUCCACUCUGUUUCUGAGGGAGGACGGCAGCUCCAUGUCGUUCUACGUGCGGCCCAGCCCGGCCAAGCGCCGGCUGUCGACGCUGAUCCUGCACGGCGGCGGCACGGUGUGCCGGGUGCAGGAGCCGGGCGCCGUGCUGCUGGCCCAGCCCGGGGAGGCGGCGGCCGAGGCGGCGGGCGACUUCAUCUCCACGCAGUUCAUCCUGGACUGCGUGGAGCGCAACGAGAGGCUGGAGCUGGAGGCCUACCGGCUGGGCUCGGACACCAAAGCCGGGGCCCCGGCCGAGCGCGCCGCCGAGUCCGAGCCGCCGCCGCCGCCGCUCAACGGGCGGAUGGCCUUCACGGACGCGGACGACGUGGCCAUCUUGACCUACGUGAAGGAAAACGCCCGCUCGCCCAGCUCCGUGACGGGCACCGUCCUGUGGAAAGCCAUGGAGAAGGCCUCGGUCACCCAGCACUCGUGGCAGUCCAUGAAGGACCGCUACCUGAAGCACCUGCGGGGCCAGGAGCACCAGUACCAGCUGGGGGGCGCCCCGGGGAGCCCCUCGGCGCAGAGGCUCAAGCGCAAGGCCGAGCCGGACCCCGAGGCGGCCGAGAGCGGGGUAGAACCACAGACUAAGAGGACAGCAGACUUGUCUGAAGAAGAGAAUGCAAAGGAAGACAUAAAGGAGAAUGAAGAAACAGUCAAAACCAUGCUUGUGGAAUCCACCCAGGAGUUUGAGGAAGUUGUGGUAGUAGAUGAAACCCCUGAUUUUGAAAUACACAUAACAAUGUGUGAUGACGACCCUCCUACACCCGAGGAAAAUGCAGAAGCACAACCUGAGGAGGAGGAAGAUAAGAUUUCUACAGCAGAGGUGGGAGCUGCCAUUAAAAUCAUCCGGCAAUUAAUGGAAAAAUUUAACUUGGAUCUGUCAACAGUUACACAAGCCUUCUUAAAAAAUAGUGGUGAGCUGGAAGCAACUUCUUCCUUUUUAGAGUCUGGUCAGAGAGCUGAUGGUUACCCCAUUUGGUCCCGACAAGAUGACUUAGACUUACAAAAAGAUGAUGAAGAUACCAGAAAUGCAUUGGUCAAAAAAUUUGGUGCUCAGAAUGUAGCUCGGAGAAUUGAAUUCCGAAAGAAAUAGUAAAUGAGAGUAGGAGAAGAUGGGAUUGAUGAAGCUAUUAACAGUUGUAACCAUUGACCUUUGACUUGCAAAGACACAUUUGACCAGUGCUACUGCUGUUCCAGGUCUCCACUUUUAUAGCCUAGCAGAGUUAUGUAGCAGGACAAAAACAAAUUAGGCAUAUUGAGAGCUAUCAGUGGCAAGUAUUUGUUUAAUCUUUUUUCUGGUGUGUGUGUGUGUGUGUGUGUGUGUGUGUGUGUGUGUGUGUGUGUGUGUG